AUGACUAACAAAUUUGCCUUAGGCCUCCUCCGCGACCGUUCACAGAGAUCUGGGAUCCCUAAAUCUUACCAAAGUACUGGAGCACAAUCGAUGACACCGUUUAGGCAUCUUGCAUCUCGUGCAGGCCCAGAUGACCCGACUUGGCAGCUGCCACCAUCACAACAGCACAUUUCCUUCAUGCGCCGAGCCAUCGAGAAUGCCAUCUGCUGCCACUGCCUUUCUGAUCCUGGAGCCAUCUCCAUUCAUGCCGCCAGAGCCCCACAAACAAGUCCCGAUAAUGAAUCUCUCGAGUUCCCGACCACGAUGGCUGGAGUCUCAGGACCUCACUCCGCUCUCCUCAGAAUACGCGACCUACGAGAGGGUGGACGGCCGUGCGGUAGUCGCGUUUGUCUACCGAAGUCUGUGGACGGCCCGCCUGGUUGGGAUCAGGAGCUUCGGUCUGACAAACGGCCACCAACUCCAUCCUUCGUGAAAAUCAUCUUUGCGCAAGCGAGCCAUUGCUGCUUAUGUAGAGUCCACGCUGCUGACCACCGGCACUACAGCACAGCCUCGAGAAAUUCUUGGAGCCCGUUUUGCGCCUUAGAAUACAGAACGAUCAACGACCUUGACACUCUGGGACGGGGCAGCACUAGAAUAGACCUUCCCGUGCCGCGUUAUCACACGAAUCGAAUCGCGAGGCUGUGCGGAGAUCGCUCGUGCUCGGCAGACAGAAGAGAUUCUACAGAUGAACUGCUGGUCAUAUCAUAUGCCCGGCCGAAACUGCUGAUGAUGAAUAAUCGCAACUAUCCAAGACAACUUGCUCGUGAUUCUCAGAUGCGCGCAAAAUAUCUGAUGAACCCUGCCCUGGUCGUUUGCGAUAACCUGAGACACCGCACAUAUGCUCCGAGAAUAAUCCUUGCAGCGGGCGUGGCGUGGGAACUUUCCUCAUUGCGACUGCGACGAUUCACGAAACGCAGCACACGAGCAGGGUUGCUUAUCGAUGGAUGCGAACCACUGCCGCGGUCUACAUCCAUCUUCUUGGACACGAGACGGACGCAAGCUUUCAUAAAUUCCGUCAACACCAUAGUAAUUCUCUGGUCCUAUGCAGAUCCAACUAACAUAACAGCACUCACAUGCAGCAGCGGCACGCGAAUGCACCUAGAUCCACCGAGGCUGACUGAAUCAGUGCCCACGCAACGCUUUCGUGAGCCCGAACGACCGCCCAAGAUGAUUGAAAUUCUUCUCCCGUCUUCCUCAGCGACAUCCGCGUCGAACCAUUCACGAGCACUGGCCCGGACACUCUCCCUGUAUUCUAACCCGUGCGCCAUUAUUGACAUCUUGAGUGUCCCCUACCGACGCUCAAGAUUCUCCACGGUCAGUCAAGAGGCCGGGAAAUCGCUGCUGUUCGUCAGAGAUUUGGUAGCAGUAGUCGGGCAAGCGUAUUUACAGUACAUGCUCCGCUCCUCACCCACCGUACACUGCCUAGACCUCACUACGAAACCAUCGAACUUUCACUUCACCUCAUCAUCAUCUCCCCCCCCCCCCUCUUAUUAA